AUUUUGAUACAUGGGAGUCAGACUGUAAGAUGGACUAUAGUGCAGAACCAAAGGCAAAGUGUGAUAUUCUCGAAACGUUUGUCGUCACAUUCAGGAACAAUGCUCGGGACAUCAUGGGUUGGAGGGAGAACUUCAACUGCGAAACUCAGUGUGGAGAAAAUGAAGUGUAUAUGUAUGAUGGCCCAGGUUGUGAGGAACAUUGUGUAGGGAACGAACUGCGUUCAUGUGAAGAGCCCGACCAAGAGGGUUGUUUCUGUAAAACAGGCUAUGUUAGGUGUCGCGGAAAGUGUAUCAUAACAGAUAGAGUGGAUUGUACUUGGGGUCCGUGGAGUGAUGAUGUUAUGUGUUCUUCAUGUAAUACGAAGUGCACUAGGUACUGCUUGAAAUAUAGGAAAAAGAACCCUGCCAGAAAUCAUGGGAAAGACUGUGUUGGUCCUAGUUUGACAUAUGCCAUUCGGGAUUGCACAACAGAGGAGUGUGUGGAAACCUCUAAGAGAAAGAAACGGCAGACCUCGGAGGUGCAGCUGCCAAAGGUUUGUCGUGGAACAGGUGACGUUCAUUAUUUUACAUUUGAUGGCCUGAAGUACGACUUCCAAGGUGUCUGUAAAUACACACUAGUUGAAGACAUCACUUUUC